AUGGAGAUCAUCCCCGUCCCCGCGACCGACCAACAAAAACCCGUCGGCGACAUCCGAACCCGCACAUUCUUCAUCUUCGACACUCGCCUCGACGAAUCAACACUUCGGUCCGCUCUGGACGACCUGAUCCGCAACCACUGGCGCAAACUCGGUGGUCGACUAGUGGCGCGUCCAGUCGACAAGAACACUGGCUCGGUGUGGGAAUACCACGUCCCCGAAACGUUUGACCAGGACGACAGCAAAUACAAACUGUUCGACUGGUCGUCCACCGAAUUCGAGCAUGUAAUCGAUAAAUCCGCGCCGUUGCGCUUCUUUCACGAUGCGCCAGACGCAACUAAAGGCGUAACGAUUUUGAAGUCGUUUGAGGAGGUGGAUGAGCUCGUCAGGCCGGCAACAUGGCCGUUUGGUCGAGCUGAUGAACCUGCUGCUACUGCUCCUGGCGGUGGCGCGCCGUUACUCUACGUCCAUCUGUCGUUAUUCACCGACGCAACGGUCGUCGCGCUGAGUUGGCCACACGUUCUCGCCGAUCAAAUGGGCAUCGCGAACAUCAUGCGGGCAUGGUUCGGUCUUGCCUACAAGAACGAAGAGCCCCCCAAAAUGAUCGGAUACAACGAAGACAUCCUUUCAUCCUCAACCACGAAAAGGGAAUACGCCGACUACCCUGCCCACGAAAUAUAUCGCAAAGGUUGCUCCCGCGUUCGCAAUGGUUGGGAAUACUUCUUUGUUAUUUUGGGAUUCAUUCCUGAACUUGCGCUGAACCGCACGGAACAGUCGAAGAUUGUAUUCUUUCCGAGGCCGAUGUUGGAUGCGUUGAAGGAGCGGUACCGCAAGGAAUUGAUUGAGGAGACUGGUGUCGAUCCUGAGAUCAGUAAUGGGGAUAUUAUCAAUGCUGUUCUUACUAAGUUUGCAAGAAUGCACGACAGGAAAACUCGAACCCUCACCCUCUCGCAGCUCGUCAACUUACGCGGCCGCCACCAGACCCUGACCCCCCUCCCCCGUCAACGAAGCUACAUCCACAACGCCCUAUACUACACCUCCUCCCGCUUCCGCAUCUCACCAACCACACCCCUCCGCACAAUCGCAUACCAAAACCGACUUUCCCUCAAAGCUCAAACCAGCCCGGAAGCGUAUGAGAUCGGUCUUGCCGUGAUGCGCGAACAAGUCCGAAGAGGUCAGGCGACACACAUCUGCGAAAAGUUUGAGAAGUCGUAUUUUGUGACGAAUUGGUGUUUGGCGUGGAGGGGGUUGGAGGAUAUCCUUCCUCCUGCUAGCUCUGCAGUUGUCGCAUCGGAGAAAGUGAAAGAAGCCGAAGAAGAAGCUGUAACCAGUGCGAAACCUAAACCCAAGAUGAUGGUUUUGGGCCAUAGUAUGGUAAAGGGUACUCCCAGCCGAUUCAACUCGACAAUCAUGUGCCAAACAUCCGAAGGAUACUGGUGCGACUUCACAGCCAUCGACAAAGGCUGGAAAUUAAUUGAAGAAUACCUGAAAACUGAUCCUAUGUUGGAGAAUUUCUAA